CAUAUAAAGCUCCAAAUGUCCCUCACAUUCGUAGUAAUUAAACCACAGGUGCAUGCUUUUUCAUCAAGAAAAAAGUGCUUAAGCUUAAGCUUUUUUGAGGUUGAGAUAAGAAACGAGGGCUCAACAUGUUAAGGAGAAAAGGAGCAGUUCUCAUGAACUGGUUCAAGGAUGGUGUGCUGAACAAAGCAAGUGGUUUGCUAAGGGAGAAGGAGCAGAUGGAUAAGAACUUCCCUGUGUUGAAGGGCCACCCGAAGGCGCGAAAGCACGCCAAGGAGGCCGUCGAGAGCUACGCGAAGCUCGGUGCGAGAGCGGCGGAGGAGAAGGUGAUGAAGGGAGCGGAGGAGACUAAGGCGUCGAAGGAGUUCAAGAUCUAUAGGUGGAACCCUGAGAAGCCACAUAACAAGCCAUUUCUCCAAUCUUACUAUGUUGACUUAACCACUUGUGGCCCCAUGGUCCUGGAUGUGCUUCAGAAGAUCAAAGCAGAGCAGGACUCAACGCUGAGCUACAGGAGAUCAUGCAGAGAAGGGAUCUGCGGCUCGUGCUCGAUGAACAUCGACGGCGUCAACACGGUCGCAUGUCUCAAACCCGUCGACACCGCCGCUUCGAGGGCUACCAUGAUCACCCUUCUCCCUCACAUGUUCGUCGUCAAAGACCUCGUCGUCGAUCUCACCAACUUCUACCAGCAAUACAAGUCGAUUGAGCCAUGGCUAAAGGCGAGGAAGCCGCCUCCGAACGGGCGAGAGUACAUUCAGCUACCGAGCGAGAGGAAGAAGCUCGACGGGCUGUACGAAUGCAUUCUAUGCGCGUGCUGCAGCACCGCCUGUCCGGCCUACUGGUGGAACUCCGAGGAGUUCCCGGGCCCGGCCGCGCUGCUCCAAGCCUACCGGUGGGUGUCUGAUAGCCGUGACGAUUUUACGGAGGAGAGGAUACAGGCGAUGACGGAGGAUGAGAAGCGGCUGUACAGGUGCAGGACUAUAAGGAGUUGCACGGCGACUUGCCCGAAAAGUUUGGACCCGGCUAGGGCUAUUUCUGCAAUGAGGACUGCUCACCAGCUUCACUAGGCUCAAACUCGGUAUGAGGGGUUGCAGAGGAAUUUGAGUUUUUGGAUGACAUGAUUGUAAGAUUUUAUGUAACUGAAAAAGAGUUGGCAGGCUAGGAG